AUGAAUAGAUUCAAGGACUUUAAAGAGGAUAUAAAUACAGGCCUUAAUGAAGACAGUGAAGAUACAAAAUUGAAUGAAAUGAAGAAAACAUUUCAAGACAUGAAAGUACAAAUUAACAAAGAAUUAGAAUCACUAAAGAAUACCCAAACUGACCUAAAACUGGAAAAGAAGACUCAGAAACUCAAACAAAAUCUCAGAGCAGGCACUACUGUACACAGCAUCAGCCCUCAGGCUGUGUGGCAGCUUGUCAUUGUAGUCAAGGGCACCAUGCCAAGGAGUCAUUUCUUGCAGGAGUAUAACAUCUAUGGCUGCUACUGUACCUUUGUCAGCUUGAACAACUGGGUGAAAGACUUAGACAAGUGCUGCCGGACUAGUGACAACUGCUAUGCUCAGGUCUAUGACCUGGAAAACUGUACAUUACUCUUAGACAACCCCUACACCAGCUCCUACUCCUGCUCCUGCUCUGGGAAUGAGAUCACCUGCAGCGACAAAAACAAAGCCUGUAAGGACUUCAUCUGCAACUGUGACUGCCAGGCCACCAUCUGCUUCUCCAAGGUUCCAUACAAAAAGCAGUACAAAGACCUUAACCCCAAGAAACUCUGUUAG